GAUUGGGGUGAAAGCGAGUGGUGCAGCCCAUUACGUAAGAUGGGUUGGCCCUCCACCACUUCCUUCCUUUCUUUCUUUUGAGUGCUGUCGGCCUUGCUGCCAUGAGUAUGUUAAGGCUGCAGAAGAGGCUGGCCUCCAGCGUUUUGCGAUGUGGAAAGAAAAAAGUAUGGUUGGAUCCUAAUGAAACCAAUGAAAUUGCUAAUGCUAACUCUCGUCAGCAGAUCAGAAAACUAAUAAAAGAUGGCCUAAUAAUCCGUAAACCUGUGACUGUUCACUCAAGAGCUCGAUGCAGGAAAAACACCUUGGCUCGUCGAAAGGGCAGGCACAUGGGCAUUGGAAAGAGAAAGGGUACAGCUAAUGCUCGUAUGCCCGAAAAAGUAACAUGGAUGAGGAGGAUGAGAAUUUUGAGGCGUCUUCUACGUAGAUACAGGGAGUCCAAAAAAAUUGACAGGCAUAUGUACCAUAGCUUGUAUUUGAAGGUAAAAGGUAAUGUGUUCAAGAACAAACGGAUUCUUAUGGAGCAUAUCCAUAAGCUGAAGGCAGAUAAGGCUCGCAAGAAGCUUCUGGCUGACCAGGCUGAAGCCCGCAGGUCUAAGACCAAGGAGGCCCGUAAGCGCCGGGAAGAGCGUCUCCAAGCAAAAAAGGAGGAAAUUAUCAAAACCCUAUCUAAGGAAGAAGAAACUAAGAAAUAAUUGCUGCCUUUUUGUGUACAUAGUGCUCAAAGGGUAUCUAAUAAACGUCUUCAACAACAGCA